UCAUGAAAAUGUAUUUGACAAAAAAGUUUGAAUGAAAAGCAUAGUGUAUAAAUGUUUAGUUUUCCAGAUUCCAGAUAUAACUACCAAUACUACUACUACUAUUACUAUUAAUAAUAAUGGAAUUGUGUGCACAAAAUACAAUACGGUGUGUAUGAUACAAAGAAAGCUCGUGUCUAUCUAGAAAUAAAGUUGGAUACACUAUCUUUAUUCAUGUUUUUGUUUGUUGUGGGCCACUUUUUUUGUUGUAUACCCGGUCGAAUGCCACUGUGUUACUGCAUGUAGCUCGAAAUAAUUAAUAAAGGGAAAAUAAAUAGAUGAUUUCACCUGCAGGGGGCGACCUGAGCCCGUGUUGACAUGGGCGUUGAGUCUCCUCUCUCCUCUCUUCUCCUCUCCUCCCUGUUUACCAGCGAUGCUGCAGACUCUUCAUCACGGCUCGAGCUGCCUGCUUCUUCUUCACUUCACUGUGGUGCUCUUCUCCAGCGGAUUACCUGACUCUGAACGGAUAAGGACUCCAGAUGUCGUGAAGAGCCAUCUUCCAAAUUAGACGUGAUAUUCAACAUUCUGAUUACUGGCACACUGGAACGAAAUGUGAAAAUCCGUUCUAGGCUCCUGCUGUGCCACUGAGACUCUUUGAUCGGUAGACAGACUUUUUCGGAAUAGAUGCCAUGGCUGAUUGAUUUUUAAAGUGCUUUUGAGGGCGCUGUUAACUCAGACCUGUUUCCCAAAUGUGUGAGCGAGGAGAGCCCUUCAGUGAGGGGGAGCUACGGAAUAACAACCAGCAGGGUGGCGUGCUGGCUGAUGGCGAUGCCAACGCCAAUAAAAUCCAAACAGAGGAUGGUGGGAGGACAGGUGAUACUGGCACUCUGUCGGGGUUGAUGAUUGAAACAGCAAAGCAGGACAAAGUCAUUAUCUGGGGUACAGACUCACAGUGUGAUGACCCUGAGCUGGCUGAGUUUGAGAUGCUGGAGUGCCAGGAGCUGGAGGCCUACCUGGUUCGGGAGGGAGAGGACUUUGUCGGGCUUGCAGACCGGAAGGAGCUUCAAGAAGAACGACCUUCAGCAUGCAGCAAAGCAUCAGUAGAACAGGCAACAGGUAAAAGGAGCAGGGAAGAGAGAAAGUCUAUUUUGCAUAGCGCCAGUGAGCAGGAAUCCUCCAGAAAUGUCUUUGAGAGCAGAGGGGCAUCCGGGACUGAGUUAAGUUCAGAAACAGAUGCCUUUGUGUCCUGUUUGUCCACCAAUUCAAGCAUGGACGCUGCUAUGGACACUACUGGCAGGACCCAGACGACAGAGAGAGGCAAGUCCUCUCAAAGAGCUGAUCAUCCCUCCAUCCCCUCUGGAAAAAGCACAAUACACUGGAAAGAUGUGGACAUGAAUUUGAAUGCAACAGUUCAGUUGGUAGACGUGGUAUCACAUGCACAAAGCAAUGUUCCACAUAAGGGUGUCACUGAUGAGCACAGGAAGAACAAUAAUCAGAUAAAUAAAGCAGAGAAUACAAUUUCAGAGCGAGAUUGUGAACAAGGUUUAUAUACUGGUUUACCCGCUGCAAAAAAAUCACAUGAAGAAAGCAACACUAAAAUAGAUAAAAGCACACAAGCUGACGAGGCCCCUAAUGCAAACUAUAGCCCACACAAAACUGGUACAAAGGGGACUCCGUCUUCAAAUGAAUCCAAAGCCAUAAAGAAACAAGGAUCAUUUGAUAACACGCUGAAAAAACAAACCUCUUUUGACAAGAGUUUUAAAAAGCAGCCAUCAUUUGACAAUACUUUAAAGAAGCAGCUGUCUUUUGAUAACAGCUUAAAAAAACAGGGCUCUUUCGAGAACAUGGUCACCUCCAGUUCUCUAAGCCUGGAGAGGAGGAAGCCAUGGGGAAGCCCUAGUCGACCAGCAACACCUACUUCCCCUAAAACAACCUCCUGUUCGCCCAAGAGACGGCCACCUGGUUCUCCAGCCAAGGUCCAGGGUAUCCGGGCACUCAGCUCGGAGCGCAGUAACUCCCCUAAGAGAGGUCUAGGUCAAACAGUCAAACCACCAGGUAAGACUAGUUUGAGCAGUGGCAUCCCCAAACCACUUAUUUCUCAGCAGAAAGAGCCUGAACCCAGGAGGUCUUCUCCUACCCAGAAGCCUAAAAAUAUCCGACCAAAAAUCAUCACAUAUGUUCGAAAGAAUACUCAAGCAAAACCAGAAGUGACUGAUGCUCCAGUCGAAGCCUCCACACUAAGACUGUCUUCUUACUCUAGCCCGCCAGCUCAUAAAGAUCCGAUGGUUGGUUCUCAACCUAAAUCCACACCGGUGCUAUGUUCCUCUAACCUGUUGUUUGACAAAUAUCGACAGGAGAUGCAGAAGGCAGGGUACUAUUCUCCAAGCAUGGCUGUGGCUGUGGUGAAACCUCCAAGCAGCACCAUCCCUCAAAGGCAAAGUGGGAAGUUGGAUAAUUUUCAUGAGGAUAUACCUGAGAAAUAUCUCCAAGAGCAUGUUUCACAAGAAGGAGGCAGUGUAUACCGCUCACCGAGAGCUCUGAGGCCUCAGCUGGGGUUAGGGGCGGUCACCAGGCAGCCUGCAGCCAGGACAAGAGUUCAGCAGACAGGUCAAAGGUCAGCCAUGGCCCCAUGCCAUGCUGCAGCCGGAGUGUCAACCCAAGGCUGCCAGGACCCUGCAGGUCUUGGAGAGCAAAAGAGGUCAGGAGAAAGAGGUCCAGAAACCACCCCUAAGAGUCUCCUGAUCAAACCAGGCCAGUCUGGUCUGCGUCCUCCAGGCUUCUCCGCCCUACCAGCUGCCCGUCUGGCCUCCUUCGGCUUCGUCCGGAGCUCCAGUGUCUCGUCUGUGUCCAGCAACCAGUCUAAUGACAGCAGUCACAGUGAUCCCUGCCGAACUUCUCACCAUUCUGGCAGUGGCAGCGACGACACACCUCUUCACAAAGCCACAGCGCCCCCCGGUGAAGCCUCCCAUGCUCACAGCCGGACUCAGCCUCCCAAUGCCCCUAGCCUCCAGCGCCGCAGUCUCCCGCCGCAGCGCUGCUCCCCACUUGGUACAUCCCUGCAACACUCAUUCAUUGGAAACUGUUGGAAAAAAGGGUCCCGGGCUCAGUUUUACUGUGCAUGUGUAUGUGGUGUUGGCGCUAUCUCCAGAUAUAACAUGCUUGUCCUAAACAGUUCAAGGUCACUCUGUCUGGUGAUCACAUGACUCAUGAGAUUGGAUGUGUGAGUGUGUGCUAGCAGGGGUGUUAGAGGGAGGUGGCAGCUAAGCAUUGGAAUGUACAUGGAAAUUGCUGUCAGCACUCAAGCAGCUCAUGACAACUGUUUUAUAUAUAGCCCUCAUUUUGAUAUGUUGGUAAUCGUUCCUCAGUAAGAGUCAGUGGAAACUCCUGGCCCUGUAAUGAUAGCACAGUUUCCCCUUCAGCAUCUAUUUCACAGAAAUUCUCAGAGUGUUAUUUUUCACUGUUAUGGAUGCUGAAGUUGUCACUUAGAGGCAUAAUGGAGCUGGUAUACUGUGUGUAACAGGACCUGCAUUCUGUAUGAGUCUUUCUAGAAAUUUCAUUGUACUACUUGGUCCAAAAUUAGACUGGCCAAAACAUUGGCUACUUCAGUCGACUCAUUUACAUAUGAGACGCUCAGAUUUGUAUGAAUUUUUUAUCAUUUUUUUUAUGACAUCUCACCUUUCUCAUCUGGUUGUAAAAUGCAUAUUGUAUUAUAAACACAGAAAAUAGUCCCCUUAAAAGGUAACUUGUAUGUUAUUUCCUCUAAAUAUAAAAAUGUGAAAUUCUGGCCACAAGGCAAACAUCAUUGGUCUAAUUGCCAAAAGAUUCCAACAUUUCAACCACAAGGUCUUCAUAUGUAAUCAGUUAAAAUACUUAUGUAGUCCUUCAGCACAAGAAUUUCUGAAAUUACUUUAAACAUAAAAACAGGAAUCAUCUACCAAAUGGGUUUUCCUGUAUUUAGCAAAAAGCCUCUAAAAGCUAGAUGGAUGUGAAGGUGAGCUGGAAACAAUUUUCUUUUAUUUCAGUAGCUACAUAGUUCUUAUCACGGCUAUUUUAUGAUGUAAAGAAAUUUCUGCACAAAGCAGGGCUGAAGCACUAUGACUUGGUGUGCCCCUUGACAGGCCCAUAACAUCUACUGUUCAUUUCUCUUUCCCCAUGGGAAAUGUGAUUUAAGAUUUGAAGAACAAGGAAUGUAGAAUAAAAAAAUAAUUCACCUCAAACUGAGUCCUGCUGUAAUGCGUUUUAACUGUUGCUUAGUAUUGCAUCACAGCAGUAAUACAGUACCAUGGAUAUACCCUCAGCUGAUGUAGACGUCUUUGUUGUUCCUUGGUGCACCUUGUGUAUUGGCAUCUUUUGCAGUGAAUGUGGAGUAUCAACACCAUCCAGUGGUCACAGAGUGUAUUUCUGUGUGAGCCAGGAGCAGCUUCAGCUUCCUGCAACACAAACUGUGUGAACAAGUGGAGCAGCAACUCCAGCUAGUGGUCACUCUACCACACUGUACCUCACAGUUUUAUUUACAUGUGGUUUACACCAGCAGUUCCCAACAUUUUGGUUGUGAACUUUUAACCAAAGAUUAAUUUACCCUUCUCAGAUUGCUCAGAAGCGAAAGAUUAUGAAAAAAGUAAAAAAAAAUAACCAUAUUUUUCAUAUUUAUGUCAUGUUAUUAUGAUUAUCAGCAAAUGUACCAAAAUGAUCAAAAGUAAAAGUACUCAUUAUACAGAAAAGACCCUGUCAUUAUACAAUGUAUUACUGGAUUGUUAUUACAGAAGCAGCAUUUUAAUGCUGUAGCAGGUCAAGGUGAAUUUAAUUUUAUCUACUUUGCCUCCAUAGACAAUAGGUUAAUCCAUACAAAUAGAUCAUAAUUUAUAGACUUAUGUUUUUCAUUAGUCUUGUUAACUGUCAAAUAAGUUAAAGUGAUAGAGUAAAAAAUAACAAUUUUGUCCUCUGUGGGGACAUCUUGGACUCACAGAAAACCUAGAGACAAAUCUCACCUAUGCUCUUAGGCAAAUAUGUCAAAAGGUAGAACGUAAAUGGUAAAUAGAUAGGCUACAGGUUUCAUUUGAGAUACUAAAAGGCUGUCUGGCAAAUUAUUAGCCAUCUGUCAAAGCUUCAAGAGCAAAAUAUUUUGCCACCACCUCCAAAACCUCCCACAGUCUCAAACAUCUUUUCUACUCAAUUCAUUCAGGCUACGUGUCAAAUGCAGGAUUGAUUUUACGGUUAUUUUAUUUGUUACACAUGGGCUCGUACCCCUGUACAUUUCAGAACUUUUCUGCCUGUACUUCAACUCUAGGUCUCUUCGAUCCUCAGAACAUUUGUUACAUUGUUAACUGUUCCACGAUCGAGGCUAGGGGUUAAGAGGAGUCAUGCCUUUGUGGUGUCAGCUCCAAAGUUUUGGAAUAGCCUUUUGCUUUAACUUAAAUGUUCUCUCUUUGUGUACAUAUUUGAUUCCUUGUAGUUUUAUCAACUUUUACUUAAAAUUUUGCCUUUUUUGCUACUGUUAACUCGCUAUUGUUGUGCCGUUCACUUUAAUUUGUACAGCACUUUGGUCAACUCAGGUUGUUUUUAAAUGUACUAUAUAAAUAAAUUUGACAUGACUAAAAGACUAAAGUACUAAAAUAUCUCAAAUGUUACUCUCCACCCCUUAUUAUGUACUAACAUGUAAUGUAUUUAUGAAAACAAUAAUUAAGUGUAUUUCUUACAUUUGAAAUGCGUGCCUUUAUAAAAGACAUUAACAUUUUU